CGCAAGCCAUCCUGAUAUUCUCUACUGAUCCUCGUUCCCUUGCAUGCAAGCAGUUUAUUAUUAGUUUUUUUUGUUUUCGUUUAGGUUUAUUCACUGCUCUCCUUCAAAAAACAUCUUUCCAAACCCUCUCUUUGCGAUUGUACUCUUUGUUUUUCUCUUUGUUUCUUUUGCCUUUUUUCCUGUUUGAACUAUGGCCAUGGCAGUUUCUGCGAUUGGUUUCGAAGGAUUUGAAAAGAGGUUGGAAAUAUCCUUUUCCGACCCAGGACUAUUUUCUGACCCUCACGGGAGGGGUUUAAGAUCUCUCACAAGAUCCCAAUUGGAUGAGAUUCUUGCACCAGCUGAGUGCACCAUUGUUUCUUCCCUAGCGAAUGACGAUGUUGAUUCUUAUGUUCUAUCUGAGUCCAGCCUUUUUGUUUAUGCCUACAAGAUCAUAAUCAAAACCUGUGGCACUACCAAGUUACUGCUUUCAAUCCCACCCAUACUGAAAUUGGCCGAGUCCAUUUCCCUUAAGGUUAGAUCUGUGAGGUACACCCGAGGCAGUUUCAUUUUCCCUGGUGCCCAGUCUUACCCUCACCGCCACUUUUCCGAAGAAGUGGCUGUCCUUGAUGGCUACUUUGGUAAGCUUGGAACAGGCAGCAAGGCUUAUAUCAUGGGUGGAUCCGAUGAAGCCCAGAACUGGCAUGUGUACUCUGCCUCUGCAGAUUCCGUCUGCCCAACUGACUCUGUCUACACACUCGAGAUGUGCAUGACCGGCUUAGACAGAGAGAAAGCAUCAGUUUUCUUCAAAAAUCAAUCAGAUUCAGCAGCCCAAAUGACCGACAAUUCUGGCAUUAGGAAAAUUCUUCCAAAUUCUGAGAUAUGCGACUUUGAUUUUGAACCUUGUGGUUAUUCAAUGAACUCUGUUGAGGGUGCUGCUGUUUCUACCAUUCAUAUUACUCCAGAACACGGUUUCAGUUAUGCAAGCUUUGAGACUGCUGGAUAUGAUUUGAAGAAUAUGAAUCUGAAUGAAUUGAUGGUGAGGGUGCUGGCUUGUUUCCAACCAACUGAGUUUUCUGUAGCUGUUCAUGUCGACAAUGCAAGCAAGUCAUUUGAGGAGGUCUGUAUGCUGGAUGUUAAGGGAUACUGUCGUGAAGAGAGUAGCCACGAAGGGCUUGGAAUGGGUGGUUCUGUUGUCUACCAGAAAUUUGUCAAGACAUCCGACGGUGGGAAUUCUGACUGUGGCUCGCCUAGAUCAACACUCAAGUGCUGGAAAGAUGAAGAUGAAGAAGAGUAGCUUUGUGUCUUUAUGUUCUGUUUCUAUUAAAUAAGUGUUUGCCUUUUUAAGGUUGAACUCAUUGUUUUCGUUUCCUGUCUUUUAUUUUGUGUUUCCGUUUAUGUGUGGAAGGUUUAUAGUACACCUUCAUUGUUGUUUUCAUUUGAACUUUGCGAUGAAAUAAAGUGCAUGUUAUGGGAA